AUGUCAUCUGAAGUGAACCGAAGAAUAUUGCUCCUCAAGAACAAAACCACCCCUCGAGAUCCGUACCAUGAUGUGUUUACAGAUGCUGGGUUCGAGCCCACCUUCAUACCUUUGCUCAAACAUGGACAUGUUGACCGUGAAAAAUCGAUAGAGUACUUUACAGGUGAAGAAUUCUUGCUGAUUCCAGUGUUUAUAAUAACGAGCCAGCGGGCGGUAGAGUGCUUGAAUGAGUGCUUAGAACAUGUUAGUCUGGAAAUAAAGACCGUCAUACACGAAAAGACAGUUUAUACUGUGGGUCCAGCUACAACCGAGGUGCUUCGAGAAGCCGGAUUUACCAAUAUAAAAGGUGGUUCCGAUGCUGGAAACGGUUCGGUGUUGUCAGAUAUCAUAAUCAAAGAUGUCCAGGAAGGCGGACCGUCAAAGAUGAUAUUUCUUACUGGAGAAAUUAGAAAAGACAUCAUCCCACGGAAACUCAAGCAAGCCAAGAUUGACCUUAUUGAGAAAGUCAUAUACAAAACUGAACCUCGAGACGACAUAGUUAGCAACUUCCACUCGAGCAGCAAGGAUGUUCGUUGGGUGGUAUUUUUCAGUCCGCAAGGAACCGUUCCCAUAGUAGAGCAUUUGCAAGGUGCUGAACGCAGCAGCGCCAUGGGUCCCUUUGUGGCCUCGAUUGGACCCACCACCGAGGAGUACCUUCAGAGUUAUAGCAUAGGCAUUGACGCAGUUGCAUCCAAGCCCGAAGCCAAGUCGUUGUUGGCAGCAAUUACGGCGUACGAACACCAAAACUAG